GUAGUUGCGUCGAAAACUACGUAUGGGUUCACUGCUACCUACACUUGUAACAAAGGAUACAUCUUCAGAUCGGGCUCUACAACCAUUUCUUGUCAAGCUAACGGGAAAUGGUCUGCAAGCGCACUCAAGUGCUCAUAUUUCGUAUACAUGGGCGACUGGAUUCUUGCCAUGAGAAUAGUAACUGGGAACAAGAUAUCCUCCAGAUCAACAUGGUACAACCCGAAAGUCUCCUACGAUGCGCCGAUUUCAUCGAAGUUGCCUGCCGGCUGCUUCACUGGAAAUGCGAGUCUUCCCUGCUCGACACACUUCAGGAGUCUUCUUCUCAACUACUGGAACAAAAUAGGUCUUCAAAAGGUCGCCAUCCACGUCAUGAAGGCUGGGAGAAUAGUGAAGAGAUUAGAGUUCAAUGGAGCUGGUACCACACUGACGAACUGGUUGUCAAAAAGAAAACUUCUUUCAUCGUCUUGGAAAGAUUUAACUAAAAGAUCUUACACGAAUUUCUUCAGCCUAGAAGGGGCAAAAACAUAUCGGAGAUGGUACAUCAACAGAAACUGGGGUGGUUGCUAUAACGACAGAGGAUGGCUGAUAGUCAAAGACUCGAAGUACCACGUUUGCAACUACGAUGUAGGCACCAGUUAUCCGCGGAUUGGUUACUCGGACAUUUCAACGGCGAAAGUUUCAUAUAAAUAUGCAACAGCGGACACAAUGUUAAUAUUGAUGAAGCUGACUAAAGAUGUCUGCGGCCCUCCACCAGCUAUCAAAAGAUCUAGAGUCAAGUAUUCCUCCCUCACUGUUGGCUCCAAAGCCACCUACACAUGCGACUCGGGCUUUCAAGCAACGAGCACGCCUUCCCUCCAAUGUUUGUCCGACAGCACCUGGGCUAAAGUCACCUUUAGUUGUGAACCCAACUCGUGCGCUAGCAUCAAGAGCAAGUGUCGUGUCUUCAAAGACGGAGAAUAUUGGAUAAACCCAAGCCUCCUCAGAGGUAAAAAGAUCAAGGUUUACUGCUACAAAAUGAAAACCAGGUCUCCUCGUGAAUACAUCACCCUAAAGCGAAAUAACUACGCUUACUAUCCCAACACUCGGAACUUAGACUGUAAAGGCAAAGACGUUCCUCUUCCCAAGAAAAAUAACAAAUCGGGAAAAACUACCUACAAAAAGGUUCGACUCAAUGUACAGACGAUGAGUGUAAUCAGGUUAGACUUGACAUUUGCCACAUCAACAACUGGUGUCCGUCUCCCCUAUGGUGUAGCACACGCCUGCCACUCGAAACUGAAGUCGUGCAACAGGAAAGGAAUCGCCAUUGUUGACUUCAGGGGCACUGGAAUUACGAUAAAAUCUACUCCCGUGUAUUCAACUGGAUCUUACGGCGGCGGCACCUACUCCCACACGUCCACAAAAGAAUAUUACAGGCUAAAGUGCGGCGGCUACUGCGGCGGUUGUUACAUGGGUGGAAAUAUCCGCAUGAAAUGGCGUUACAACCCUUCUGCAAGGAGUGCCAAAAAGGUCUCGUGCUAACCCACUGGUGAUUGGGUCAUUUUGCAGCCAACUGGAAGGCAAUUUUCAAACUGCAUGUAAGCUGUGAAAUAAAUGUCGUGACACUA